AUGGCAUAUGACUAUGAGUACGACGAGUCUGGGCUUGCAUCGAGCUAUCUGGUACUAUCGAUGCUAGUUCCUGUGGCUCUAUACAUGACAUAUGACUUGAUUGAGACCCCUCCUCUUCGGAGAGUGCGAUGUGCCUGCCAUGGAUGCAGGAACAAGAAUGUGAGCAGGAAGACGAAGAGGAAGGUGUUUACUACGGUUGCAUGGCUUGUGAUAUCAUACCUGAUAAGUAACAUCAGGACUCUGAAGAUUGAGUACAGAAGGGGGUUUGAUCCUCUUGAGGUGCUUGGAAUUGACCAGGACACGGGGGAGAGGGAGAUUAAGAAGAGGCUUCGGAUGCUUUUGAUGAAGUACAACCUCAGCAAGGCGCCUCCCGAGUUGCGGUCGGAGUAUGAGGAGAAGCAGAAGACUGUCAACAAGGCGUACGGGCUUGUCAGCAACAAGAAGAGAUACGAGGCGUGGCUGAACAGCGAGUCGAAGACUGGGGAGAUAGUUGCGAUUCCCAAGGUGAUUGUCAGGAGGGGGAUGUAUGCAUUUGUCAUGUACUCGCUGCUGCUUGGGGUGUUUCUCCCGCGAUGGGCGUACAGGAGAUGGCGGGAGAUCCGUGAUCUCAACAAGGUGGGAGUGAAUUUUGUCACGAUGGAGAUGUUCUAUGAGAGGAUUGACGGAAGGAUGAACCAGGGGAAAUGUACUCUUGAGAUGUACACAGGCCUGAUUCUUAUUAUGGCAAGGUCUGUUGAGUUUGCUGAGUACAGAUGGAAAAGUAAUGUUGAGGGGCUCCGAGGCAGGAUUGAGAGCAACUUUGCAUUUCCGCUGAAGGAGUGCGGGAAGGAGAACAAGGGGUAUCUUGUGCUGAUGGACCAUCUGUUCCGGAUUGGGCAGGCAGCAAGAAGCGAUGUUGAGUAUGCCCAGAGGGUGUCUCUUCGGCUGAUAGAGGGGAUGAAGGCGAUUGGGAUUGCUAAGAGAUACGGGAAUGUUGUGAAGAAUCUUGUGGUUCUCGAGGCGAUGAUAAUCCAGGCGGUGUUUGAUCCUCGAUACUUCCUGCUCCAGAUUCCGUUUGUGAGGUUUGAAGACUUAUUUAUCCAGGAGAAGAGCAAGGAGAGGGUGUCUGCCGAGGGGUAUUUGGGAGCGAUUCCUGGAGGAGAGCAUCGGGAGUCGGCUCUGAAUGUGUACAACAGCAUUCCUCAGGUUGAGAUAAGCGAGUUCAGUGCGUCUGUGAUUGAGACUGGAGCCAUCAAGAACGACAGCUCUGACUCGGAUGUUUCUGAGGCUGAGGAUCUGGCGACCAGGAACGACUCUGAGGAGGCUGUGCGGGGUGCGAAGUGCGAGCAAACUGUGUAUGUUAUUCCUGGGGGGUCGAUUGCAACUGUCAGCGUUACUCUGGACAGGAGAUGCCAGGGAGAUGUGGCGGACAAGGGCGGCAAGAUGAUAGUGCAUGCGCCCUUUAUGAAGGAGGCGUUUUCUGUCAAGUGGAUUGUGAUGCUGACUGUGGAUAAUGUGAUUUAUGGUAAGAUACAGGUUGUGGACGACUUUGAGAAGAAGGCAAAUGUCAGGUUCAGCAUUGAUGUUGGGGAGCUGAAGAAGACGUGUGAGUGCAAAGUGUUUGUUGGGUGUGGAGAGUAUCUAAAUAGAAAUGUGGAGAAGAGUAUUAUAAUCAAAGUUGAAUAA